AUGAAUUCUAUCAGAUACAAUUAUCAAACCCAACAACCUCUUCUUAAUGAUAGGUAUUAUAUGAUUCACGUUAUGACAAAGCAAGGGGAUAAACUCAGAGACAUGAAAGGUUCUAGAAUGAAAACUAUUUUAAAAACUACAAUGUUUUGGCCCAAGAAUGCUUAUAUUAUAUUUUACAUCAUAAUUAAUAUUCAUAAUAAAGAAGAAGAACAAGAUAUUUCCAAUGCUAUCAAUUCUAUAAUUGAUAUCAAGCAACGAUUUCCCGAUAGACCUAUUUUAUUUUCAUUUGGUAUUAAUAGAUAUUACGCUCCAGAUGAGAUACCAGAUAAUCUUUGCAUUCCAGAUAAGAUUCAUGAGAUUAAGUUAUAUAAACUCAGAAUUAGUAAUUUUUACUCAUCUGGUGGUGUAGUUAAUGUUACAACCAAUACUAUGACUUAUAAUAAACCAUAUCCAACUUCAAGUAUUCUUGGAGUUUAUGCUUAA